UGUCUCACCCCAGUUCUCCUCUCUGCUCCCGGGCCGUCCCUUCCCUCUCCACAAUGUCUCUGUCUCUCCUCCCCCUCACCAGCCCCUCCCCCCACCACCCUGACUGGGCAGCGACAACAAACAUCCCUCUCUCUGGCGGGCCCGCCGAUCCCUUCCCACUCAGCACAUUCACUGCCGCCUCCUGGCCAUGGGCGCCGCCGGGUGCCAGCCUCUCAGCCUCCCCAACUCUGCCUCAGUGGGACCCUGCCUCACCCUGGUCACUCUGACACUCCCCAGCCCAGGCCCAGCCCUCAGUCUCACCCUCCCUGGUACCCCCUCCCUCCCCAGGCCCUGGUUCUCCCCUCCUAGGCCUCGCAACGCCCCCGUCUUGUUUCUGUGGCUGCCCCCUGCACCCUUCCCAGCUGUCUUACCAGAAACCAGCCCUAACACGCCAGAGCUCCAUCUCUCAGGUCGGCCUCCUGCCCUCCUCCCUCCCUCCCUCCCUCCCUUCUGCCUCAGCCCCGCCCCGGCCCCUGGGGCCCUCCCUGCUCCCGCUCCGCUCCCCUCCUCGCCCCUCUGGACUGGCUGGGCAGGGCUGGGCCUGGCCGGUCGACAACGCAGGGGCUGGGGCAGGCAGAUCAGAGGGAGCUGAGGGAGGCCUGACCUGAGGCCAGCACCCGGAGCUGGUGGGAGCCAGAGCCAGAGCUCCCGCGGCCGCCCCUUCCCUGGGCCAGGUCAUGCGCUGCCCCAAGUGCCUUCUCUGCCUGUCAGCACUGCUCACACUCCUGGGCCUCAAAGUGUACAUCGAGUGGACAUCCGAGUCCCGGCUCAGCAAGGCCUACCCCAGCCCUCGGGGCACCCCGCCAGGCCCCACACCAGCCAACCCUGAGCCCACCCUACCUGCCAACCUCUCCGCCCGCCUGGGCCAGACUGGCCCGCUGCCCUUCGCUUACUGGAACCAGCAGCAGUGGCGGCUGGGGUCCCUGCCCAGUGGGGACAGCACUGAAACGGGGGGCUGCCAGGCUUGGGGGGCAGCCGCUGCCGCCGAGAUCCCUGACUUCACCUCCUACCCCAAGGACCUCCGCCGUUUCCUGCUGUCAGCAGCCUGCCGGAGCUUCCCACAGUGGCUGCCUGGAGGUGGUGGCGGCCAAGUCUCCAGCUGCUCGGAUACUGAUGUCCCCUACCUGCUGUUGGCCAUCAAGUCAGAACCAGGGCGCUUUGCAGAACGACAGGCCGUGAGGGAGACGUGGGGCAGUCCAGCUCCAGGGAUCCGGCUGCUCUUCCUGCUAGGGUCUCCGGUGGGUGAGGCGGGGCCUGACCUAGACUCACUAGUGGCCUGGGAGAGCCGUCGCUACAGUGACCUGCUGCUCUGGGACUUCCUCGACGUCCCAUUCAACCAGACGCUCAAAGACCUGCUGCUGCUGGCCUGGCUGGGCCGCCACUGCCCCGCCGUGAGUUUUGUCCUGCGAGCCCAGGAUGAUGCCUUUGUGCACACCCCUGCCCUGCUGGCUCACCUGCGGGCCCUGCCACCUGCCUCGGCCCGAAACCUCUACCUGGGUGAGGUCUUUACGCAGGCCAUGCCUCUCCGGAAGCCAGGAGGACCCUUUUACGUGCCCGAGUCCUUCUUCAAAGGUGGCUACCCAGCCUAUGCAAGCGGGGGUGGCUACGUCAUUGCCGGGCGCCUGGCACCCUGGCUACUGCAGGCGGCAGCCCGUGUGGCACCCUUCCCCAUUGAGGACGUCUACACUGGCCUUUGCAUCCGAGCCCUGGGCCUGGUGCCCCAGGCCCACCCAGGCUUCCUCACAGCCUGGCCAGCAGACCGCACUGCGGACCACUGCGCUUUCCGCAACCUGCUGCUAGUACGGCCCCUGGGCCCUCAGGCCAGCAUUCGGCUCUGGAAACAACUGCAAGACCCAAGGCUCCAGUGCUGACUCUCGGUGGGGAGGGCGGAGGUGCUGACCUGGCCCGGGCCCUGGCCUGGGCCUCUGGGGCCUGCCCCUGGCUCAGCCCCUCCUUCCAGGUCUUGAUGGGAGGGAGGAGGGCCUAGAAGCUGGACAACUUAAGCCACUCCUUGGCCUCCCCAGCCAGGGUCCUGGGCAGGAAAGAUGGGCUGGUGGGCUGUUUUUGCCUACUUUUGUGUUUGAAAAACAUGCACUCCCCACUCUGAGG